UCUCAAUUAAAAGGUGGAUCAUUGAUUAGUCCAUAAAGCAUCAUGAUUAAGAAGCUAAGCAAUAUGGAUUACAACCAGAAACGGGAGAGAUGUGGGCAAUACAUAGAAGCCCUCGAAGAAGAACGUCGCAAGAUUCAUGUCUUCCAACGUGAACUUCCUCUUUGCUUAGACCUUGUAACUCAAGCGAUCGAGGCAUGUAAAAGAGAGAUACCAGAGACCACCAUAGAGAAUGUGUACGGACAACCCGAGUGCUCGGAGCAGACAACCGGAGAAUGUGGGCCCGUUUUGGAGCAGUUUCUAAUCAUUAAAGACUCAUCCACCUCCAACGAAGAAGAAGAAGAUGAAGAGUUCGACGAUGAGCACGGAAACCACGAUCCCGACAAAGAAUCCGAGGACAAGAACAUGAAAUCUGAUUGGCUUAAGUCUGUUCAACUCUGGAACCAACCCGAUCCUCUUCUUCCAAAAGAGGAAUGCUUGCAACAGGAGAUGACGGAGGCAGUGGUGAAGAGAGAUGAGAGUGUGAGAAAAGAUCCGAUGGAAGACGGUGGCGAAAGAAGGAAGAGAGAGGCGGAGAUAGACGGAGGAGGAAGAAAGCAAAGAAGGUGUUGGUCGUCGCAGUUGCAUAGACGCUUCUUGAACGCUCUUCAACACUUAGGUGGACCUCAUGUAGCUACGCCAAAGCAAAUCAGGGAGUUGAUGAAGGUUGAUGGAUUAACCAAUGAUGAAGUUAAAAGUCAUUUACAGAAAUAUAGACUUCAUACAAGAAGGCCAAGCCAAACAGUCCCUAACAACGGAAACUCUCAAACGCAACAUUUCGUAGUCGUCGGAGGUUUAUGGGUCCCACAAUCUGACUACUCUACGGGCAAGACCACCGGAGGAGCCACCACCAGCGGCACUACCACGACAACCACCACGACCGGGAUCUAUGGAGCCAUGGCCGCACCACCGCCGCCACAGUGGUCGAGCCAUCCCAAUUUUAGGCCGUCAAUUAUUGUGGAAGAAGGAUCAGGAAGUCAUAGUGAAGAGAUGGUGGUCAGGUGUAGCUCGCCAGCGAUGUCUUCUUCUACUCGUAAUCAUUAUGUCAAGAAAAAUUAACUUGUUUUUACUCGAUCUCUCUAAUGUUUUUUGGUUCAUUUUAUUAUACUAUUAUUUUGUUUUUGUUGUCUACAAGUAACUAGAAUUUGAUACUGUGAUAAAAAAAAAAAGAGUGUAUAUAUAGAGUUUUGCACCGAACCCAAUACUAUAUAUUUACUCAGUAAAAAUGCCAUUUAUAAUUUACAUCUUAUUGCUGUUUAAUUUUCAAUUUUUGAUGACAUAUAUGAAUUGAUUUUCA